AUGACUUCUCUGGUUUUACUUAAAUCAAUUUUAUUGGCGAGUGUUCUGCAAAAAAAUAAAAAGAAAAAAAAACUAAAAUCAAAGAAAUCGUUUUCUACAAAUAAAAUUGAUUUAAAGAUAUGUCGAAUAUGCAAUGAGGAAAAAGGAGAAAUACCAAUAUUUAAUGAUUGUAUACAGCCUAACAUACCCGAAGAAAUAAAACAUUUUUCAGGAGUUUCAAUAUUUAAAACUGAUAAUUUACCAAAACAAAUAUGUCAAAACUGUUUGGAUUUACUAAAUGGCUGUAUAAUGUUUCGAGAAAUGUGCCAAAAGACAAAUCAGCUCAUGAAAAGAAUUUCCUCAGUCCAGGAUAUCACACCUCAUAUUAAAAAAGAGGAGGAUGAGAAAAAAGAUUUGAUAGUUGACCAAAAUGGAAGUGAUGAAUCGUUGAAUGUACCUUCACCAACAUGUUCAGAAGACAAUUCAGAAAUAUGGAACUGUACUUCUUGUAAAACAGAAUAUGAUAAUUUGGAAUCAUACAACAAACAUUUAGUUGAAUGUAAAACGCAGAACAACGAUUUAAAACCUGAUGUAGAUCGGAAAAGAACAAAAGAGACAUUCCUCUGUGAUAUUUGUGGAAAAGUUGCCCGUUCCAAUGCAAAUCUUCUUAUUCAUAUGGCCAUACAUGAAAAUAUAUUUCCUUUCAAAUGUGAUCAAUGUCCCUACCAAGGAAGGACUAUGGAUCUUCUCCGAGUACACAGACGAACACACAUGGCUGAUAAGCCGUUUAAAUGUGCACACUGCCCUAAAUCUACAACUACAUCUAGUAACUUAAUGAAGCAUAUACGACAUGUUCACAGUACUACAAGGCCUUAUAAGUGCACAUAUUGCGAUAAAGCAUUUUCUUACCAACAUGAUAUGAAGAGGCACAUAAAAGACAUUCAUUUAAGACAGGGUACCGUUGAAUGCGAUAUAUGUUUCAAAAAAUUUAAUACAAAAAAAAUAUUACAAGGACAUCGUUUUAAGAUUCACAAAAUAAAAGGCGAAAGACACGGACGUUUGCCUUCUUAUUUACAAUGUCAACAACACAACGAUAAUAAACAAGAUGAAUCCGAGUCUGUUGUCUAUUAA